AGCGCUCGACAUUUCAUACCCUGUUUAGGGUUAUGUACUUAUUUUUGUUCUUCCAUGUUAAUUUGAGUUUGUACUAUUUUACACAUUAAAAUAUGAAAUAUUUGGAUAUAAUUCGAAACACUUCGAUUUUAAACGUAUCUCAAAUAAUAUUUAAAAUUCUACCGCAAUAUUCUACAAAAAUUGACUUGGAAAAAUUAGAAUCAGAAAGUGCAACAUCUGUAGAUGUUCUUGAUGAAGAAGCAAAGAAGAAAGAAGCCAAUUUAGAACUUAAAAGAAAUAAAUCCCGUUUAAACCUACAACAUCGCAAUAUUCUUUUAAAUCAAAAACCUUAUAAUGAAAGCAUAUUUUGGACACAUGAUACGGUAAAGUAUGCAAGAAAAGUAUAUGGAAAGUAUGGCGAGAAUAGCAGAAUUGAUCCAUCUUUUUGUUGGCCUACUAAACAAGAACUACAAGAUACAUUGGAAUAUCAAAGAGUUGCUUAUCCUUUUACUGUUCUUGAAAUGAUGGAAAAAGCACAAAUAAGAAAAAAAGAAGAAAAUGAACGACUUUUAAAUAAGCAGAAAGAAAUUACGGAUAAAAUGGCUAAAUUGGAUCAGUGGAAGAAAGACCUACAUGAUAAAAUUAAGAAGAAAGAAGCUGAAGAACUUGCUGCAAGAGUGCAGAAAGAAAGAUUGAUAGAAGAAGUAAGAAGACACUUUGGAUAUGCAGUAGAUCCUAGAGAUGAAAAGUUUAAGGAAAUGGUUGAAAAAAAAGAAAAGGAACAAAAGAAAUUAAUGAAAGAAGCAAGACGAAAGGUGAAAGAAGAAAAAAUGCUUGCAAAAUUACUUAGCAAGAAAUCUGAAGAAAAGACAGAGACAAAUAAUGAAGAAAAACAAUUGAAUUAAGCUGAGCGAAAAUACUUUGUAUUUGUACUUUCAUUUUAGAAAAUAUUACUUUAUAUGUUACAUUUAAAAUACUUUGUUUAUACUGAAAGUGUUACAUAAAUCAAUAUCGAAUAUCCCACUAUAAUAGAAUGAAAAAUAUUUUUCAGUUAAAACAAUGUAACUAUAAAAAUCAGAUAUGUUUGAAAAGAAAUUCCAAAAUUUUCUAUUACAAUAACCAGGAGGGAUUAACUGGAAGUACUUUGUAUUCUUUUGAAUAAGUUACGAAAUUGUUAAUACAAGGUUUGUAAUUUAAAAUUGGGAAAAUAUAGAAGUUUACUGCA